AUGAGUGAUCAGCAAAAGUCUCUCUACCUGUACCAUGCGCUACCAGAAGAAUGGAAGUCCGACAUGACUGUCUGGAAAGGCACGAGGAAGUACAUCUCGUACGAAGACCUCAAGCGCAACAUUGAGACCAAGGUGCAUCAUGAACUCGCUCGAAACCGCUAUGUGCUCAAGCAAGGGACCCCCGAAUCCAGAGAGACUCGUGCUGAAAAGGCAAUGAAAGCUACAAUCCCUGAGCCAGCACCUGCGCCUGCAGAUCCAAAAGAGGAGUCCGCGUUAGUGUCAUCCAUGAAUUGCACCUUCUGCCUCCGCAACAACCAUGACACGGUUGUUUGCUGUGCUCAAUUUGCUUUUCAUUCUUCUUAUCACUUCCACCAUGGCAAGCCGCCCUAG